AUGUAUCUCACAGCUCCUGAUGUUGCAUCUACCAGUGCGCAGUCUGAGAUUAGUCGCCCAACUUGGGGUGACAAAGCCAUCUACUUCUCUCAACUUACAAGUAGACUGUGGAAUAACCUUCCUCAAUCACUCAGGAGCACCAUAACCAAGUCUACAAUAUCCUUUGACUUAGUUGUUGGGAAGCUGUGUCAUCUCCUGAAGACCAAUGGGUAUUACUUGGACUCCAAGUAUAAAGAUACCAUGGAUGCUAUGUUCUGCACUAUUAGGACCCUGAUCAUAGACCAAGAGAAAAGUGAACUCUCUAGGACUAGACUCUUGGAGAUUCUGGAACUCAGGGCCAAGAAAUGGGGUCAUGACCCUUUAGAGCUUCCACAGGCUCAACCACGAGACUUGCCUUCUCCCUUAAAGUCUCCUGAAGUUACUCAUCCUCAUGACAGGAUAGUCAUCCAGAGCCAAAGGCCACUCCAACAAGGAGUUGCAGGGCGCUACUCCCCCAUCCCCCUACCUCCUCUCCAAGUCGCCCCGCCCAGCCCAGACAUGGAGGCAAUGACUCAUGUGGCAAAGUCCAUCCCGUUUCCCGACGACACUGACGAUGAACAGGAAGACGAUGACCAGUGGCUGACGACGUCGGAAAUGACCUACGAGUCUGAUAGCUCGGAGGAGUUCAUCAUGCCAGAGCAUGACAUGGAUGAGUGGAUGACAUUGGAAUCUACCUCAGAAUUAGAUGCUGAGCUGUCCAGGCUGCUGUCGGCCAAGCUACCUGAUAGCUAUAGGAGGAGAGUGAAUGAUGGCAAACCAGUGCGCUAUACCCGGUCUUUCCUGCUUAACCUGUGGGAGUCACCUUUCUCUAAAGAAAUGCCUUCAGUCCUGAAGCAUACCAUCUCACACAGCGACGUGGCCUUUAUCAUCCAGAGACAUGCCUUUUCUGAUCCCAGAGUGCUAUUUCAGCAAGGAUCAAGGGAUGAUGUUCUUCUGCUGUCCAAAUACCUACAGACAGACCCAAACUUGAGAGGUAGACACUCCAGCUGCAGAACUGCCCCAGACCCAGCAGCGUCUGGUGGUGGUGAUACCCGACAGAGGACCUUGAGCUGGCCCCAGGGUGCAGGAGCCAGGAGCCGCCUUGAUGUCCCAGGAGGAGGAGGGGAGGGAUUGAUGCAAGGCGCAGAAGGAGCAAGGUACAGAGCAAGAGAGGAGAAGAUAGACUCUCUGAAUUCUGCAAGUCUGCAAGGAGCUGGGAGGAACAUCAACAAAGGAGAUGCCCAAGGAGGAGGUCAGGAGGCAUCCAUGAGAUCAUCUUCUCCAGAUGAUUGGCGGAGGGCUGGAGCUAGAAAGAACAAAGGGGAACAAGACCCCUCAUCAGGAAGAGGGGAGGAGGUAUCCUUGAGACCUCAAUCCCCCAAAGAUUGGCGCAGACCAAGUUCACCAAGUUCACCAAGUGCCAGUAAUCAAGAGGGCACCGUGAAGGUCAGAUUUGAACUGCCAGGUGAUAAGAAGGAUGAUGAAUCCCAAACAGAUCGGUCUUCAUGGGAACAAGCACCUGCUUCAAGCCAUGUCCUCCUCACGCCACGUCAGAUUCUUGGAAAAGGGGCCCAAGAACCCAGCCCAAGGAAGCCUUCACUGACACCACCACCUGAUGUCAAUAACAAUGGGUUUGCCCAUAAGAGCCUUGAGGGUGUCUCCGACAAUAUGUCUUCAGCACCUGCUCAACAGCCCGAGCCCCUCACUUUCAGAGAGGUCUUCAAAGAGGUCAUUGAGAAGGGCAUCACCACUGGGGCACCUGGUCCGGCUGCUGAUCUCCAGGCACAAGCCCCUCAAGGUUAUGUCCCCCUCACUGUAACCUACAAACCUGUAGAUUCCAGAUUGGCCCCCCUCACCAGAUUUGGUGGACGCGAAAUAGGUUUAGACGAGCAGGCAAAUCUCCCGAAUGUGCCCUCUGGAAGGAGUUUCUCUCCUGGUUGGAGAGCGAAGCAUGAUUGGAGUUAAAAGGGAUUGAAUCCAUAUCCUGGGUACAAGCAAGCAUGGUAUUAUCAUGUACCAUAGGUACCAUCGGAUAACAGUGUCUUCCAGGUAUGUCUUCUAUAGGUACAGUCAGAUAACAGUGUCUUCCAGGGAUGUCUUCUAUAGGUACAGUCAGAUAACAGUGUCUUCCAGGUAUGUCUUCUAUAGGUACCGUCAGAUAACAGUGUCUUCCAGGGAUGUCUUCUAGCACGUCAUGCAGAUGCUUGAUGGGUUUGGGAGUAAUUGACAGGGAGAUGUAGUCUACAUGGACAUCUGAUUCAAACUCAUCAUUGCAGCAAUAUAUGUUGCAAAUAAAUAACCUACAGGUUACAUUAUAUCUUCCCAACAGAUUCACACAAUAUUUGACAUAUGAAGGGAAAUUCUUUUGAGUCAUGAUCUGCAAAGCGCUUACAAACAUUCGGUUGAGAAGGAAAAGUGAACAAAGCUUUUGAUUACCUUAGAAUUUCAGUUGCACCAACACAGAAAAAUGUUCCAGUUUUGGCUUACUAUUAAAAUGGUGCAGACAUUCACCAGCAAUUUGAUAUCUAGUGAGGCUGUUUUGUAAUUCAUAUAUGAGUAGAUCAUUAGUGAAGUGGUUCUUGAUCUCUUUGAUCUCACAAUCUUUCUGGUAGUUACUUGUGACCCUCAAAAUGUAGCCAUUGACCAAUGCCAAUGUGCAUUUCAUGCAGGUGUUAAAUAUGAGGAUUAUUUCAACCACGGUUGAUUUCAUGAAUGAUCCUCAGGAGGUCACUUUAUGAAAGUGAAUAGCCACAUUGCACUAGGGUCUCGCUAAACCGCAGCGGUUUUUUUACAACCUGUGAAUAAACAGCGACUGCGCACAACAAAGAUCCUACAUGUCUUCCCUAGGUCUGUGUGAUAAGAUUCAGAAAUGUGAAAUAUAAUAUACUUAAACUCACGUCAGUAUAGUACUCAUCAAAUAUUUAUUUUCAUGUUUAUUUUGUUUAUGAUGGCACUACAAGCACUAUAAUUGCCAAAUAGUGUUCGCCUUUGCUGCAGUAAAUUUUAUUGAAGAUACUUUCUUGCCUUUGUUUAUUUCUUGUCAUCUCAAUUUCAUUUCUGAAAAAGCUAUACAUGUAUUUUGCUUUAGACUGGUCUGACAAUAUGCUGUUCACGUAUUACUAGCCCGCUAAGUGGUAUGAAUUUACAUGUAUAUCAUACUUGACACCAAGAGUAGGGCCAGGGUCAUUAUUUACGGUUGUGUGUACAUCCACAAUACAAUCCAGGCACUUAUGCUAUCUCAUAAAUCAUUUUUGAUAAUAUAUGAAUUGUAGUUUCAACAUUCAUGUCUUUUCUUAUAAUUUUUGCUUGUUACAGAACUGUUCUAUAUCAAUUUAUUUUUAUUUGUUUAUUUUUUUUUGUCAGUACAUAAACUUAAGUGUGCCCUUGUAGUUUAUUAUCGGUAUGAAACACAAACAUUUAAAUUGUAUCUAUUCACAACAUUUUUGUUUGCAG